AUGAAUAGCUUAAAAGACGAAUUAGAGAAGUCAGGUUGGUUUCUAAACGAAGAAGGCAUUUCUCAGAUAGCUGAUACGCUCGAAUGCGACAUUGAAGCUCUUACGGUCCAACAAAUUAUUGCAGAAGCGUUAAAUACGGAUCUUCGCCACAUAUCAUCUGGUUCAUUGCCACGAGAUAUCACAACAAAGUCUCAUGUUUCAUCGCCUUUAGUUCUCCAAAUUCUCUCCAUUACAAAUUUGUCGACGCCACAACAGAAUCAAUCGAAUUUUCCACGGCUUUUGCAGAUAGAGUUUACCGAUGGAAAGAAGAAAGUCAAAGGGUUCGAGAUGUUAGGAGAGGUAGAAGGAAUCACCCUGAAUACCCCGCCGGGUAUAAAAGUCUCUGUUCAAAAGAAUAUUGUCAUUCGAGACAAUUUUCUUCUGUUGGGGCCUGGUAUGCUGAAAAUUCUAGGCGGAGAAGUCGAUGAAUUAACAAAAGAAUGGAAGGCAGGAAAGCAAUUCAUCAAUCGCUCCCAUAAGGGUGCAAAGAAAACGGGUAAUACAUCCACUCAAGAAGAUGGACCUCCCCCGUUUGUUCCCUUUAAAGUUAAAAGUACAAACAGACCUCCUUUGACGAAUGUGAGUCCAAAUAAUAAUGACAGCAAUAAUUUAGGGCCCCGGCAGCAAUCUUUGCAACAGCAACAAAGUCAACAAAGUGGACGAGGGGGGAGUAGAGGGGGAAGAGGCGAUGGAGGUUCGCGGGGACGCGGUGGAAAUGGGGGACGCGACGAGAAUGAAGACUGUAAUAUUUCUUAUGCAAAUGACAGAACGCUUCUCCAAACGACAAAAGUAAUGAAUACUCAAUGGGAUCGGUUGAAAAUAUAA